AUGUACGCCUUCUACUCGCUGCUUAUCUACAUCUUCUACAGCCUCUUUCGUCGGGAUGGCGCGGCCGCGGCAGCCGUGGACCCCGGGGACUCUACCCAGAGUGACCACCGGCCCAGCAAAGGCCGCCGCCGCCCCGGCCAGGCCGUACCGCACCUGUGGUCCGAGCUGACGGGCCUGGCGGGCUGCUCUGAGUCGGAAGAUGGGCUGGCAGGGGCAGCCGAGGGCCGGCCAGCUGAGGUCUCGCUGGAAGAAGCUCUCAUGCGUCUUGCUGAGUUCCUCUCUGCCCACCUGGAGGCUGGGGAGGGCUGUGGAAACCCUCCAGAGGUGGGAAAGCACGUGGAGGGCCCCCCACUGUUGACAGUGACCAGUCAGCUCCUAACUCUCUUGGCAUGGAUUCGGAGCCCCAGGGGGAGGCAAGCCUUGCCCAGGGAGACUCAGCCAGCCUCUGGGGUGCAGCUGUCCACUCCAGAGGGAUCCCCGUCCCUGGAAGAAAGUCUUUCCCACCCUUCCCCAGUCUUGGGGGGCACGCCAAGGGAUGAGGCCCAGGGGCAGCAGGACGAAGAGAGGGCCUGCCAUCGCUUCGAGCAGCUCAUCCAGGGACAGCUGGAAGAGCUGAGGCAGCAGCUGGAGCAGCAGGAGAAAGAGCUGCGCAGGCUACGCCUGGGUGUGGGGGCAACAGAUGCAGAGAAGCGGGUCCAGCACCUGUGUCUGGAGAACCAAGCGCUGAGACAGAGCCUAACCCUGAUGCAAGAGCUCCUGCUCCGCUGGGCACCUGGGCUGCCCUCCCGGGACCAGCAGGCAGAAGCUGAGGCCCUGGUGAACCUCCAGAUCCGGCUUCAGGAGGCCCAGAACACCACAGAAGCCCUCAGAGUCCAGCUAGGUGUCCAGGAAACCCAACUGCAGGGCCUGCAAGGAGCCCUCCGGCAGCUCCAGCAGGAGACAGAGCAGAACUGCCGGCAGGAGUUGCAGCAGGUGCACAGGCAGCUGGCAGGACUGCGGAUGCGUAUGGCUAGCCUGCGCCAGGGCUGUGGAGACCUCCGAGGGCUGGUCAGCACCUUCACGCAGAGCUGCCAGGGCUCCUUGAGUGAGGCUCGCGGCCAGGUAUCUUGGGCCCUGGGAGCGCUGUCAGCAGAAGGUACUGGAACUCAGCUCUCUGAGGAGCAACCAGCACCCCCCUUGGGGUGUCCAGGACGACUGCUGGAGCUCAAGGGGAGUAUCCGAGUGCUUUGCCGGCUGAGGCCAGGGACACCCUGUGGCCUGGUGAGCACUGAGCCUGGCCCUGGCGGCACUGUCACCACCUGCUACCGAGGCCGCCAACGCCGCUUCCGCCUAGACUGGGUCUUCCCUCCAGAUGUCACCCAAGAGGAGGUCUUCCAGGAGCUGCAGCCUGCGGUACUGUCCUGUCUGAGAGGAUAUAGCGUCUGCAUUUUUACCUAUGGUCAGACCGGCACUGGGAAGACCUACAGCAUGGAGGGCCCUCCAGAGGACCCUGGCAUAGCUCCUAGAGCCCUGCAGUCACUCUUCAGGGAGAUGGGGGCCAGAGGGGAGCACCGAGUGACACUGAGCAUGGUGGAAAUCUACAAUGAGGCUGUCAGGGACCUCCUGGCCCCAGGGCGUCCAGAGCGCCUAGUGGUGAGGCAAGGCCCAGCAGGCCAGGGGGGAAUCCAGGUGGCUGGCCUCACUCACUGGGACGUGCCCAACCUGGAGACGCUGCACCAAAUGCUGAGCUUGGGAAGGAGCAACCGGGUCACCGCAGCCACAGCAAUGAACCAGCACAGCUCUCGCUCCCAUGCCCUGCUCACGCUGACUUUGCGAGCAGAGUCCCCACCACUGGGCCAGGGCACCACAGGUACCCUGCAUCUGGUAGAUCUGGCAGGGUCUGAGCGCGCCUGGAAGGCAGUGGCAGCCGGUGCAUCCCGGGGAGACAAGAAUCAGGCUCAGCGGUUGCGGGAAGCCCGAACCAUCAACCGCUCGCUGCUGGCGCUGGGGAGUGUCAUGGCCGCGUUGCGCGCUCGCCGGCCUCAUGUGCCCUUCCGUGACUCGCAGCUCACCCGCCUCCUGCAGCCGGCCCUCGGGCCUGGCGCCACCGCGGUGCUGCUGCUACAGGUGGGCACAGAUGGCCGGUUGUGUGCACAACUUGCAUGCCCGGGACCACUCAUCCAGGGGGCUCACCCAUCAGCGCCACUUUUUCACAGAUCUCCACACGGCCCGGAGACCUCGGGGAGACCGUCUGCUCACUCAAAUUCGCCGAGCGGGUGGGCCAAGUGGAGCUGGGGCCAGCCCGGCGCCGGAGAGCCCCGCGCUCUGUGA